CUCAAAAUAUCCUUUUUUUGUUUGUUUAGCUUUUGAUUGAAUGGGGAUAUCGUGUACACGACCACAGAAUUAGUCAUCGAGUGGUUCCAGUUCAUGAUCUGAAACAUUUCUGUAAAGGGUACAGUGACAUGUGGCAGACUUCAGCUCAAAAGAUACUUGAAGGACAUAGUGAAUGUCUAAAGAAGUUAAUAGAAGAUCAUGAAAAGAGGCACACAGUUAUUUCCAGUCUGAGAAGUAGGUGCAUUGAUGGAAGCACAUUGUUACAUGUUGCUGCCUACUUUGGGGAGCACCAACAUAUUGAGACUCUUUUGCAGUUACAAGUCGAUGUGGACAUAUUGGACUAUAAAGGAGCCACACCUCUGCAACGUUCAAGAGAUGAAAAAACAAUGCAGCUAUUACUCAAGUAUGGUGCUGAAGUUAACUGGAGAGAUGAUGAUGGCAAUACAGCUCUCCACAUGGUCUGCUAUGGUGAAACAGGAAAGCCAACAAGAAUGGAUUGUUUAGGGCUCCUGUUUUCCCAAGGAGGGUCCACAAGAAAAUGCAACAAAAAGGGACUCCUCCCAGUUCACUGUGCUGCUAUACAAGGACGGCACAAUGCUAUCCAGGCAGUAUUCGAAUCCGGCAUCAAAGAAACUGAGUUUAUCAAUAAGCAUAGCUAUGAAAGGGACACCCCAAGUCUGCCUUACCUGGCUUUGUCUAAUGGACAUCUGGAAUGUACAAAAUGGUUGAUUUCAAAUGGUUUUCUGUUAAAAGAUAGGGAAGAUAUUGAACUAUUACUUGACAUGGUGUGCAAUAAAGAUGACAAGAAAAAUAACCUAGAAAGUGUUGAAUACCUUUUAAGCAAUGGCUUGGAUGUGAACAUCUGUGAUAAAAGAGGGGACAGCGUUUUGCAUUUAGCUGCUCUCCAGAUUAAAAGUUAUGAGAUUAUGAAGCUGCUUUUGUCAUUCGGUGCUCAAGUGAAUUUAACAAAUCAUGAUGGAAUCACUCCACUUUUUAACACUGUCUUUGCAUCAAACUUCCAUGGAGCAAGACUCUUGAUUGACUGUGGAGCCAGUUUGAAACAUCAGGAUAAUGAAGAUCAAACAGCAUUUGACCAUGUCAAGAAUACUGAAGACUGGAUUGAAUGUGGGAUUUUCAGCAAUGAAAUAAAUGACUUACUGAGAGCAUAUGAUCUAAGAAAGAGUGUACAAUUGGUACGACAGGUCGCUAACAAGGUGAAGAUGAAGGGAGCUGUGCAUUGAUUUUUUUCCAUAAUGGCACACUCAAGUUUGCUUCUGCUUAAAGUGAAUCUAAAACCAUACACUUAAAUCAAAUAUGUUGUAGCACAUUUUCCUGUAAUGUCAAAGACGUGAAUACCUUUUUAUUUUAUUUUUAUUACAUUUCUUGC